AGGCCGAGUUUACAUUUUUGAAUCCGGUGUAGGCAGCCGCCCAGGAAUGAAGAACUCAUGCAUUUACAACGGAGGGAUUUAUUAAAAAUAAUAGGUCUCUACCUUUACUUCUGUGAGGGCGUGCAGCAGUAGCCUGCAAAUAAUGUAAAAUGUAAAUGUAAACAGGGUUCUUGCGGGGAGAGAUCAUGUCGAUAUUCACGGGUUAGCCGCCGCCUCGUCGCUGUCCCCCUCCUGCACGGCUCGGGAUCACCGAUCAGUCAAUGUAACACUAAUUUUAAUUCCUGGCAGCAGGUCAGGAUUCAGAGUGAAGAAGUGAUGGAUGCAGAGCUGCUGUUUGGCUGGAAGGCAGAACGGGAGGAGCUCAGGGCUGAGAUUUCACAGCUGCAGGAUGAGCUUGCUGAAAGUCAAGCUGAGAAGGAGGAGCUGCAAUUGAGGGCCGAAGCUCUGACUGACAGGCUGGCGCAGUCAGUGGACCCAUCCCAUUCUCUGUCAGUGCGCCUGGACAGCGAGCAGCGCGAGUGGAGGCGGAAACUGAGGGAGGGUCGGGAGCGAGAGGCUAGGCAGGCGCUGCUCAUCCAUAAACUGCAGAGCAAGGUACUGGAAUAUAAGGGACGCUUCCAGCAGCUGGAGCAGCAAGUUAUUGCUGAAGAGAGAGAACUUCAGAAAAGAGAGAAAAGGAUCAGAGAUGAACACAGUGAUUCCCUGGAGAGUGCUCUCAUCAGGCUCGAAGAAGAACAACAGAGAAGUGUGGGACUGGUGGAGCUGAAUGCCCUCUUGCGAAGUCAACUCAGCCAGUCAGCCGAGGCUAAUGUAGCUCUGAGGGAAGAUCUGAGCAAACUGACUUCAGAUUGGUCCAAAGCAGUGGAAGAGGCAGGUCUAAAGGAGAUUGAGUGGCAGAAGGAAAAAGAGCUCCUCGUGGGCCACAUUGGCCAGGAACACACGCGACUGAUGUCCCUUUGGAGAGGAGUGGUGAAGCUCAAACGCCAGUGUCACACGUUGAAGAGCGCCACCGACAGGGACCUAUGGGAGCUCAGGGCAGAAUUUUCUCGCCUCUCUUCAUCUCUGCUCACCAGCUGUGGCUCUGUGAGCUCCAGUGUCAUCCCAGGCCCUCCUCCCGCUGUCUCACCCUUUGCUACAGGAGCACCCCUCUGCCUGCAGGACCUGGAGUAUGACCAGAGGGAGAAGGAACAAGUAGCAAAGCUCCAGGCCCACCAUGAGAUGGAGACCCAGGAGCUACGGGACAGGAUCUCGGAGCUGUCGUCUUCUCUACAAGCCCAGGAAGCGCAGCAGAGGAGGUGGGAUGAGGAGCAGGAGAGACUGCAAAAGAGGGAGGCUGAGAAGGAGCAGGAAAGGGAGAGAGAGCGAGAGAAGCACAGGGAAAUAGAAAGACAACUGGAAUCCACUCAGCAGGCAGUGCUUAAACUGUCCAAGAUUCUCAGCUACCAACAGUUAGAUGCGCCCAGCACCUCUUCGCUGUCACUGGCUGACUUGACUGGCGACAGUGUACCUGCUGUGCUCUCCAUCAUUGCUCGAGCUGAGACUGCCCUCCAAUGGAGACAGCAGGAACUGCAGGAGGUAGAAGUGACUAUGCAAAGGCUCAGGGAGGAACGCGAGACCCUAGAGCAGCAAAUUAGAUUCUCGGAAAAGGAUGCAGAGGAGCUUCAUGAACGUCUUCAUCAAUCACAGCAGGAGCUGAGGCACACCCAAGAAAUACUGAACAGUAAGAAAGAGAUGGUGCACUCUCUGAGGAAUCAACUGGAAGAGAUGACCAAGCAUGCUGAAGAGCUGAAGAAGGAGAGUGAUCUUCUCAGAUAUCAAUUAAAAAGUGAAGAGGAGGAAAAGAGGGAGCUGGAGAGAGAAUGGAAGAAGCGCGUGGAGACACACCUGAGGGACACUGCACAGUUCAGUGAGAGAGAAGCACAGUGUCAAAAGGAGAUACACUCCCUCCAGGAGGCACUGGAGAGGGAGCGGCUGGCUUGUGCAGUAGCUGAAGAGGAAAUCAGCAGCACCAGGAAUGCUUUGAUUCAAGCUCGCGAGUCAGCCCUAGCCCUGUCCACCAGUCAAACUCAGCUCAUGCGAGAGGUCUCAGAGAGUCAAGAUGCCCUGGAGAAGAUGGCUGCCUUAAAUGAGGCCCUGGCAAGCGACAAGCGUGAUCUCAACGCUCGCAUGCUGCAGCGGGAAACAGAGCUAUCAGAUGCCAUUUCGUGCCUUCAUAGUUCAGAAUCAGAGGUCAUAGCCAUGCAGAAAGAACUAAAGAUGGUGUCCAAAGAACUGACAGAAUUAAGGGCUCAUAGGAGUGUGGACCUGGACUUACUGUUGCAGUCAGAGGAGAGAGAGAAGGAGCUGGAAAAAGAUAUAGAAAGGCUGAAAGUAGAGCGAGAAAGUGAGGUCAGCAUAUUGAUGGAGGACAAGGAGAAGGAUGCACAAAGACUUGAGGAGCUGACACAACUGCACAGUACAGUGUGUAAGGAGCUGCAGAGUGCACAAGCGGAGCUAGUUCACGUGCAGGAGCAGCAGAAACGGGUGGAGCGGGAGAGGGAAGACCUGCUGAGGGAAGGCGAGAGAACGGAAGCCAGGGUAGCUGCCCUGGAACAAGAGAGGGCAGAGCUGGAGCAGGACCAAAAGGAACUCAGAUCCCUUGCUGCCUCCCUGCAACAACAGCUUGCCCAGACUCAGGAGCAAAUCUCUGGUUUGGAGGUACAUGGGGGCCAGCUGGAGGUGCAGGUGCAGACACUGCUGCAGACUAAAGAAGUGCUGCAGGGAGAGAUUCAUUGUCUCCGUGGGGAACUGGAAGGGGAGGCAGCCCAAAGAGCUGAGGAGAAGCAACGUGAACAAGAAGAGAGAGAGCAGAAUUACAGAGAAUUGAAGAGCAGACAAGCAGAGGUUGAGAGAUUACAGGCAGAAGUGGACCAGGCAGCUGAACUGCACAAAAGACUAGAGGAAGAUUGGGCACAGGAGAGAAAUAAGUGGCAGAGAGAUCGGGAGACCUUGAGCUCAGAGCUGGGACAGCGAGAUGGAGAGCUGGAGGCACUGAAGCACAGGGUGGAGGGAUUACUGAUGGAGAUGCAAGAGAUUUCUGGCCAACUGGAGGACAGGAAUAAAGAAGUGGAGAGACUCUUGGCCCAGCAUGGGGCAGAACAGAGAGCACUUGAGUUCAAGGCAAGUGAGGCUAGGGAUGAGGUAGAGUUAUUGAAGCAAAAAGCAUGUGAGGCAGAGAGGCGUAGGGAGGCGUUGAGUCUAAGACUAAAAGAGCGGGAGAGUGAGGGAUUGAGGGCAAAGAAACGAGAUUGGGAGAAGAUGGCAGAAAUUCUCAAAGAGAAAGAAUUAGAAGUAAGAAAAAGGGAUGAUGAAAUUGGGCAGCUGAAGACCAAUCUGGAAACAGAGAAGGAAAGACUCAAAGAUGAAGUACAAAAAACAAGGAUACUGCAGGAUAAGGUAGCUGUCCUGGAAGAACUAAAUUUACAGCUAACGGAGAGCAACAGAUUAAAGAAAGCGGAGGAGGAGGAAGAAUUGCGGAAGAGGGAGGUAGAACAAACAGAGAGAGAAAAAACCCUAAAAGAAAAACUGGGGCAGCGGGAGGCAGAGCUAGGUCAGCUGACAGACAAGGUUCAGGAGCUAGAGAGGGAGAGUGUGGAGAAUGGUACAAAGCUCAAUGUGUUAAAGGAAAAGUUGGAAAGUCACAUGGAGUUGUUGAAACAGAGGGAUGAAGAAUUGGACAUUUUGAGAAAGACUAUACGGAAGGAAGAUGAAAUGGAUGCUAGGCUACAGCAGCAGGAGGAGGAAAUAAGGAGACUGAGAGAGAAAUUACAGGCGCUAGAAUUUUUAGAACAAGAACUUAGUGGUCAGCUCAAAGAAACCGAGUCAAUACUGGAGAAAGAGAGGGGUUUACGCAGAAAGAAAGAAGAAGAGCUUUUAGACAAAAUCCAAGACUUAAUAGCAGCAGAAGGAGAGAGGGAGAGAACACAGCAAAUAGCACAGGAAGCAGGUGAAAGGAGAAUAAAGCUAGAGAAGAACCUGGAGAAAUGGAAACAGAUAGCAAAAGAAAGAGAGGGAGAGGUGGAAAGGCUUACACAGGUCCUGCUGCAGAGAGACCAGGAGGUGCUAGAGGCAGCAGGAGGCAGGGAAAGAGUACAGAAGACACUGAAUGAGCAAGAGAAGGAGCAGGAGAAGUUGAUGUUCCAGUUGGAAGAAAAACGUGCUGAAGUGGACAGGCUGAAGGCCAGGAUGGAGGAACUGCAGAAAGAAAAGCGACUCUUGCUAGAGGAGAGAGGCAGCCAAGUGGAAAAGCUGGGAAGUCAGGUUAGGGAGCUGGAGGAUGCUAGAGAGUGUCUUGCCUCUGAGCUGAGAAGAAAAGAGCGAGAAGUCGAAUCCCUAAAAAAUGAAGUAGACAGAGUGACAAGAGAAAAAGAAAAGGCAGGUUCAACUUUAAGACAGUCUGAGGAAGAGUUGGAGGAGGCAAGAGACAAAGUAGAAGAUAUGGAAACUCAUCUAACAACAUUGAGGAAAGAAAUAGUGGAACUUACAAAUGUUCAAGAUCAUGCCAGAAUGGUUAUUAAGGAAAGGGAAAAUGAAAACCAUCUGAUACAAGAAAGACUGAAAAUUUGCACACAGGAGAAAUCUAGCUUGAAAGAACUCUUGGAGGAAAGCAAAAAUGAGGUACAUAAUCUGAGAGCCCUUCUACAGGAAAAGAUGGAGGACAUGAUGAAAGUUCAGCAACAUGAAGAGGAACUAUCAAGACAGAAAGAGAGACUGCGUGAGCUGGAAUUGUUAGAACAAAUACUUUCAAAUCAACUGAAGGAAACAGAGUCCAUUCUAGACAAGGAAAGGAGUCUACGCAGAAAGAAGGAAGAGGAGCUUCUGGACACAAUCCAGGAUUUGACAACAGCAGAAAGACAGAGGGAGACUGAGAGGAAAGUAGCAGAGGAAGCAGAAGAAAGGAAGGUGAAGCUGGAGAAGGAUGUGGAGAGGUGGAAACGGAUAAUGAAGGAUAGAGAAGGUGAGAUGGAGAAAAUUUCACAGCUGUUGUUGGAGAAGCAGAGAGAAGUGGAGGAGGCUGCAGAAAAGGUGGAAAGAUUGGAGAAGGCCCUGAAUCAAAAGGACAGGGAGCAGGAGGAACUAAUCUUCCAGCUGGGAGUGCAAAAGACUGAGAUGGAAAGGCUCAGAACCAGAGUGGAAGAACUGCAGAGAGAACAGCAUGUCUGGCUGGAGGCGAGGGGGUCCCAGGUGGAGAAGCUGAGGUGUCAGGUAAGGGAGCUGGAGGAUGAAAGAGACCAUCUUGUAGCUGAGCUAAAGAGGAAGGAACGAGAGACUGGAGCUCUGAAAAGUGAGACAGAAAAAGUGAGGAGAGAAAAAGAGAAAGCAAGCUCUUCUUUAAGACAGACAGAGGAAGAGUUAAAUGAGGCAAGAGAAAAACUAGACUCAAUGGAAACCCAUCUUGGAGCACUGAGGGAGGAAGUGGUGAAGGUUAAAUGUGCUCGAGACCAAGCAAAACAACAAGUUAAGGAGAAAGAAGAAGAGAUCCAGGAGAUGCAUCAGGUUUUGAAAUCCACAGUGCAGGAGAAUGCUACUCUAAAAGAAUUCCUGGAAGAAAACCACGAUGAGGGAGAAAAGUUGAAGAUCCUCCUUCAAGUGAAGACUGAGGAACUAUUGAAGCUUCAGAAAAAUGAAGAGGAGCUCUCUAAACAGAAAGAGAUGCUGCAGCAAAUGGAAUUAUCACAACAAGAACUUACCAGCAAACUCAAUGAAACAGAACUUAUCUUGGCAAAGGAAAGGAAUCUGUGCAGAGAGAAAGAUAAAGAACUACUGGAAAAGAUCCAAGAUCUUACAGUAGCACAGAAGGAGAUGGAAAGAGAACGGAAAGUGGCAGAGGAAGCAGAUGAAACAAGACAGAAGCUGGAGAAAGAUGUGGAGAGAUUAAGAAUGAUCAUAAAGGAGAGAGAAGGUGAGGUGGCGAGGAUUUCACAACAAUUGUUGGAGAAGCAUGGAGAAGUAGAGGAGGCUGCAGAAGAGAUGGAAAGAUUGCAGAAGGCCCUGAAUCAGAAAGCCAAGGAUGAGGAGGAACUGGUCUUCCAGAUGGGAGUGCAGAAGACUGAGAUGGAGAGGCUCAGAACUAGAGUAGAAGAACUGCAGAAAGAACAGCAUGUCUGGCUGGAAGAGAGAGGGACCCAGGUGGAGAAGCUGAGGUGUCAGAUGAAGGAGCUGGAAGAUGAAAGAGACCAUCUUGCAGCUGAGCUAAGGAGGAAGGAGCGAGAGGUCGGAGUUCUGAAAAGUGAGGCAGAAAGAGCGAGGAGUGAAAAGGAGAAGGCAAGGUCGUCUUUAAGACAGUCAGAGGAAGAGUUGAAGGAUUCAAGAGAGAAAGUAGAAGAUAUGGAUACCCACUUAGCAACACUAAGGAAAGAAGUAGUAGAGCUAAUAAAUGCUCGAGAUCAGGCCAGAUUGGAUGUUAAGGAAAGAGAAAAUAAGAACCAUAUUGUGCAGGAGGGGUUGAAAGUUAUCAUGCAGGAGAAUGCUCACCUGAAGGAACUCCAGGAGGAACACAAAAAUGAGGUAGAGAAGCUGAGGGUCCUCCUGCAGGAAAAGGUGAAGGAGAUGAUGAAGCUUCAGCAACAUGAAGAGGAACUAUCAAGACAGAAAGAGAAACUGCAAGAGCUAAAAUUGUUAGAACAAAAACUCUCAAACCAACUGAAGGAAACAGAGUCCAUUCUAGACAAGGAGAGGAGUCUAAGCAGAAAGAUUGAAGAGAAUCUUCUGAAUAAAAUCCAGGAGUUGGGAACAGCUGAGAAAGAGCAGGAGAGACAGAGGAAGGUGGCAGAGGAAGCAGAUGAAAGGAGGGAGAAGCUGGAGAAGGAUGUGGAGAGGUGGAAACAAAUGGUAAAAGACAGAGAAAAUGAGAUAGAGAAAAUUUCACAGCUGUUGUUGGAGAGGCAGGGAGAAGUGGAGCGGACCACACUUGAGAGAGAAGGAUUGCAGAAGGCUCUGAAUCAGAAGGAGAAAGAGCUUCUAGAAAAGAUCCAGGAUCUUUCAGAAGCACAGAAACUGGAGAAAGAUGUGGAGACAUUGAGGUGGAUUGCGAAAGAGAGAGAAGAUGAGGUGGAGAGCAUUUUGCAACAGUUGUUGAGGACACAAAGAGAAAUGGAAGAAGUAGCUGCAGUAAGGGAUGGACUGCAGAAGGCACUGAAUCAGAAGGACAGGGAGCAAGAGAAGCUCUUAUUCCAACUAGAAGAACAGAAGGUUGAGACAGAGGGACUCAGAAGCAAAGUAGAGGAACUGCAGAGAGGACAGUGUAUCUGGUUAGAGGAGAGAGGAAGUCGGGUGGAGAAACUGGGGCAUCAGGUUAGGGGACUGGAAGAAGAAAGGGAUUACCUUGCCGCUGACCUAAGGAAGCAGGAGCGAGAGAUAUGGGCACUGAAGAGUGAGUUAAACAGAGUAAGGAAUGAAAAGGAGAAGGCAGGGUCCUCUAUGAGACAGUCUGAGGAGGAGUUGAGCAGGGCAAGAAAGAAGAUAGAAGCAAUUGAGACCCAGCUAGCAAUACUUACAGAAGAGGUGGUUGAACUUACAGAAGCUCGAGAUCAAGCCAGAAAGAAGGUUAAGGAUAGAGAAGGGGAGAUGCAGAAAAUGUGUGAAGGAUUGAAAGCUGGAGUGCAGGAAAUAGCUACCUUGAAAGAACUUUUGGAGGAAAGCAACUAUGAGGGAGAGAAGCUGCGUUCCCUCCUCCAAGAGAAAAAGGAAGAGCUGAUGAAGGCCAGAGGUAAAAGUUUACAAGGCAUUAGAGAAGAGUUGGAGGAGCUUCGUGGCAGGAACAGGAUCCUAGAGCAAGAGAAGCAGGAGCUUGAGAACCAGCUUCAGAGACAGACAGAAUUCUGGAAGGAUGGAAUCCGAGAGAAAGAGGAGACAGGGAUGCAGUGGAUAAAGAUGGAGGAAGAGUUGAAAGCUGCUUUGAGAGAGGGGGGAGAAGAACUAGUGAGGAGUAGAGCAAAGUUGAAUGUUUUGGAGGAGGAGAAGCGGAAGCUCAACACUUUGGUGGUUGAGAAAAGCAAUGAGGUGUCAGUAUUAAAUUACAGCAUGAAGGAGAUAAAGAGAGAGCUGGAGGGGGUGAGAAAUGAAAAGGAGGAGGAUACUCACAUGUGGAAGCAAAAAAUGAAUGCACUGAAAACUGAGUCGGAGGAGAAAAUAUGUCUGAUGAUUAACAGGAUGAAGGAGGAGGAAGGACACAUGAAGAGAGAGUUGGAGGAGCAAGUUCGUAUGGUUACCGAAAUGCUGACCCAGAAGGAUAGAAAGAUAGAGGGAAUAAGAGAGCAAAUGGAGAGGAGUGAGAAGAAACAGGAGAGACUGAAAAGAGCUGUGGAAGAAAGGGAGGGACAGGUAGAAUUGUUGAAAACAAUGCUGAGCAAUAGGGAGAGUGAUAUGGAAAGACUUCAGGGCCUUUUGGAGGACAGGACUAGAGAUACCAAGGUCCUCAAGGAAAAGGUAGAGGAGCUCAAAAUGGAUCUGCAGAAAGAAAAAGAGAAAGUGAUGGAAGAAAGGAGAGGAGAGAGAAGUGAGGUAAUUGAGGAAAAGAAAGGACAGGAGCAGCAGAAGAAAAAUAUGGAGAAAGGCAAAAAAGAAUGGGUUGAGAAGGAAAUGGAGAAGGAGGUAUUACAGGAGGCAAAGAGAAGAUUGGAGGAGGAAAAGGAAAGGUUGACAGAACAACUGAAGAGGGAGCAGGAGGAGGGAGAAAGAUGGAAGAGCAAGGCAAAGAUGUUUGAAGGAGAAAUGGAAAAAAUAUUGUCAGGAAUGAAAGGGGAUGAAUGGCAGUCCCAAACUGUUUCAGCAGAUGAGUGCGGUGCACCAAAGGGUGACUCUGUGAGCAGGCUGAGGGAGCGAGUGUCCACUUUCCUUUUGGAAAGAGAGGAGAACCUUAGACUUUUGAAAGAAAGAGAGUUUGAGGUGUAUGUACUUAAGGAGAGAGUGGAGGAGAUGAGCAGGGACAGGCAGCGGAUCCGAACAGCGCUGGAGGAGACUGAAGCUUCCCUGGUCCAGUACCGUGACAGAGCAAAAAAGCUGGGAAGGUGCCAGAGAUGCAAGCAAGAGACUAUCUCAGAAGCAACACGUACUCAGGAAGAGGGCCAAGGAGGACCAAUAGGAAAGGAGCCACCAGAUGUCGCUGUGCUGCAGGAGCGCCUGUCAGCCAUGCAGCAAGUGGUAGCACAGCUGGAGUUUGACCAGAAGGAGCUCCAGGCCAGAAAUGUCCAGCUUGAGCAGCGUAUUCGGAGACUGAGGUCGGAGAGGGGGCAGCUAAGGGAGACGCUGACACAGGUGGAACAAGAGAGAGUUAAAUUGCAUCAUCAACUGUCACAUUUAGAGUCUGACACUAAGGAGACAAAGUCUGGUCUCUUAAAAGAAAAGGACGAUGAGGAGAUGAGGCAGCUGAGGGCUCGUGUGAUAGAGCUGGAGGAACAGGUGCAUUUGCUAAGGCUAACUUUAGCCGCAGAUCAUAAGGAAAGGGCAGAGUUUAUUGAACAGUCCUCUAGAAACAAUCAAUGGUUGGGCUCUUUGAGGCAGGACUUAAGCAACUCUUUGGCUGUGGUCUCGCAAAGUCCUCUCCCCUCCGUCCUAGCGGCUGAGACACUGCGACUGGACAGGAGUGUGAGGGAGGAGGAGCUGCGACUGUCUCUCAGCUUGACUUAAUGCCUUAGUGAAAUGUUAUUUUAUAAUUGACAUUUGUUUUUUAAAACAUUGUUAUUAUGUGACAGGAACUAACUGACAUGUUACUGGUAUGCAGUGUUACUUAUUUUUAAGCUCUGAAACAAGGGUAUCAAAAAUAUUGAAGGACUUGCAAUAUUUAACUAGUUUGUACAUAGAAAUACAAAGGCAGCUUAAAACACUGUUUUUAUACUUGUAUUUUUUUUAUUCAUGUAACAAACAUUAAAUUAUACUUUCAGACUUUCUCUACUACAAUUUUGUUGGCAUAUAUUUUCAAAAGUUUAUUUUUCCAGGCAUGUACUUGGCACAAAGAAAUUCUUAAUGGUUCAAGUAAAUAAGGCAGCUGCAAUCAAAAUUAUUUUUGCUGAGAUGUACGUCGUUUUGGAGAAAGCGUCUGCUAAAUUAAUAAAUGUAAAUGUGUAAUCCAUAAAUGCUGGUCAUUGUUUCGGAUGGAAAAAAUUAUAAAUCAGAUUUUUGAGCUGUUUGGGGGAAUGUUUUACAUUUUUAUGGAAUUUAACC